AUGAUUUCAACCCCUCUAGUCCUAACGUUUUUAACGUUCCUUCUCAACCUUGUGAACGCAAGUCCUGAUAGGACAACAAGAACCAGGCCUACUCCUACUCCAACCAGGUGUGUCCCUACUGCUACUGAAACAGCACCGGGAACUAUAUCAUACCCUCAAUGGCCUAGCGCUGGUCCUGGAGAAGGAAACUCUCUCUCCUGGAGCGUAAACUGGGUUUUCAUCGCCUGCUCCGUCUACACCAGCAGCAGCUGCACCGGCGACACCACCGGCUGCGACCCCUCCUGCUGCAACAAAGGAAGCUGCGGUCUCUCCUCCUCCACAAACCUUCUCCUCUCCCCGAGUCCUUCCUCACCUUACUACACCAUCUCUGCACUCGCCCCGUCAACGGCCUUCACACUCUUUGACGUGACCUUCACCACCGGCUACUUCCUCCCUCAAUAUCCAUCCGUCACUAUCGAGAUCACUGGAACCCGUGCCGAUGGGACUGUUCUUGCCCCGCAGAGCUUCAUUAUUAAUAAGCCAUAUGGUACUUUCUACACCACUGUGGCCAAGAAUCUGGUGCAGAUGGGGCUCGGGAAUGUGAAGGAGUUGAGAUUCCUGGCGUACUACACAGACGGGGACGGAAGCGGUGGCCCGAUUAGAUACGAGGCUUAUACGCCGCGUUGCAGGAGAGGAUACCGGAGGAGGGCAGAAGUUGAGGAAAGAGACGGGGGCAAAAGUAAUAUCGUGAUUGGGAGUAAGAACGGAGAGAAUGACUGGAAUUGA